UGUCGGGGUCUUGACAAAGGAAGUCGCAGACGAACUGCAGCCGUUAGCAUCUCUGCUAAACCCCAACAAACAGCGACGGUAUAUCAAAAUAAACAAAAAUAUCGCGUGAACUAUGGUCUUCAGUCACUUUUGCGAAAUUUGUAAUUGUGCAAACACGAUAAAAGACAUGCAUGUAUGUGAAUAAUGGUGCAUUUGAGGAGUGUGUGGAUUUAGCACCGGACUAUUGUUCCUCAUGUCAUGAUGCCAGCCUGAUCUUAAAGAGACCGCCUGCCCUCUGUUGCACCUGCUGAAAUCAUUCAGGCUUCACUAAAAGAAUAGAUCAUAUGCACAAAUUUGAUGAAUUCGAACACUGGUGCUGUGAAUAAGUAUAACAAAACUACUGCAUGAAGUGUCCCAUCAUCAGGUGAAUGAAGUCUCGUCAUUGAUAACCAAUACAGUGACCAGGACAUUGACGGAGAAGAUGGACAAGAAAUCCUUUGAUAUAGUCUUGGACGAAAUUAGAAAGUGUGUUUUGACAGACCAGCGAAUCAAAGCUAUAGAGCAGGUUCAUGGGUAUUUCUCCAGUGAACAGGUGAUUGACAUUUUGAAAUACUUCUCAUGGGCGGAGCCACAAGUAAAGGCAGUCAAAGCCUUGCAGCAUAAAAUGGUUGCAAUUCCAACAACGAAGGCUGCAAACAUCCUUAAUUGUUUCACAUUCUCAAAGGACAGAAUUAUUGUACUAGAACUCAUAGCUCUAAAUAUUUCUGAUGCCCAAAAUUACCGUCCUGUGGAGGAUGCAUUCCGUACUCACCUCGCUGAGAGGAAGCGUGCAAGAAGAAUCCUAGAGCAGGUGUGUAAGGUGGGAUGUAAAGCUCCAGUGGCGAUGAUUUCAUCCUGCGGGAUGAUCCCAGGCAACCCUUACCCCAAAGGCAAACCCAGCCAGGUCACUGGAACAUUCCCUGGAUUACCUGCCAAAAAGGAUGGAGACGAUGCAACCCUGGAUGGAAAGGGCAUUGCUGCACGCAUCCUUGGACCAAGCAAACCGUCACCAUCAACGUACAAUCCACACAGACCUGUCCCAUACCCUAUCCCGCCAUGUAGGCCACAUGCAACCAUUGCUCCAAGUGCGUACAACAACGCAGGUCUGGUGUCAGUGGGUGGGGUCAUCACCGCCAGUGUGCCACCCCCACCCUACCGAGCCACUCCCAAUUUGGCAGGUUACAGCCGACCUGUCAGUCAACAAAAUCCAACCACCAACAUCUCUGGCACACCUGCUAUCUCUCCUCAUAACUCCAACGCAUCUACUCCUGUCACCUCCCAGCCUCAGCCUACCACACCAAUCACUCCGGUUUUUCCUGGCAUGGUCCCAUCCCAAAACCCUGGAACCCCCUCCCCUACUCCUGCACCCUCACCCUCACCCUCAGUCAUCAAAGGGCCUCCUUUCCCAGCUGGUUCUCCCCAAGUUGCCUCAAACUCCAGUGGCCACACCACACCAGUUCCUUCUCCGUUCCCUGGCAUGACCCCUUCUGGUCGAAACACCCCUUCCGUCAUCAAAACUCAUACACCAUCUGGAACACCCUGUGGAACACCCGGGCCAAGUUCAAGCAUCCCUCCUUCUCCAUUCCACGGUGCACCCCGCUCAGAAACACCUUCCGGUGGACUCACAUCUUCUCCCAGGGCAACUGGUGACCCCUUGACUCCUCAUGGAGCUAUGGGAUUACACCCAAUGAAGGGUUACCCACCUUCCUCAGAUUACCAGUCAGCACUUUCACUCCCUGGCACUCCCUCUACCCAGUCACAUUCAGUUAUCCGUAGUUACACACCCUCAGGGAUGUCCUCUCUCACUCCUGGACGCUCUACUCCCAACAUGCAAGGUGUUGGUGGAUUACCAGUGCCGCCUGCGGCUCCAAGUCCUAAGCCCUCUCCUGGACUCACCUCUCAGGCAGCCAUGAGUAGCUCUGCUGGAGCUUUGUUUAGUGAGCAACAUGCCAGCUCCAUGGCCCGGCACGGCGGAGGUAGUGGAAGCAACAGUCCUGUUCCUGCUUUCAAAGGUCCCUCCAGGUCGGGCACCCCUUCUCUUAGCUCUCUAGUAAUGCCUAGCUCUGCUGUUCUUGCCCGACCCAUGGGCAUAGCCCAUGGUACUGCCUCGCCACAAUCUUCUUUACCCAGCACUGCUGGUGUAGCCGGACUCCACAGUCUUUCCUCAGCUCUGGGCUCUCAAUCUCGAAGCAGCCCUGCUCCUCAUUUUCCAGCAAUGUCUCAUUUCCCUGGCACUCAGUCCUCCAUUUCCACCCCAUCCACUCCUACUCCUCCAGUCUCAUCUGUAUAUUCUCCAGUCUCAUCUGUAUAUUCUGGCAUGGCUCACUCUAGCGCUCCCACACCCACCCCCUUUGGCCUGGGAUUGACCACAGCUCCCUCCGUGUUCCCGGGUCUUCCUCCUGGCCAAAACCCUGCUUUCCCAGGUUUUGGAGGCUCAGGGCCCAGUGCAGCAGGUAGUCCAGUGCUGUCCUCUUUAAUGGGGCUUCCAGGAGCCUCUUCCUCAGUAGCCACCGUUGCACCUCUCCAGGCAGCAGCAGUCGCAGCAGCUGCUGCAGCAGGAGUCCCCACCUCUUCUCCUGUGCUUCCUGGAUUCGCCUCUGCAUUCAGCUCUAACUUCAACCCCGCCCUUGUUGGCCAGGCUGGGCUAAGUGGUAGUCUCCAGGCCCCUGGAGGUACAGCUUUCCCAGGGUUGCUGUCUUUCUCCCCAGGGAUGCCCAGCUUCUCCACGACAGCAUCUCCUGUUGCCCUUUCUGGUCUUCACAACUCCAGCAUGCAAUCUGCUCUUUUGCAGGCUCACUCUGCAUCAGCGCUUGACAGUUACCCUCCCCAGCCAAAUGGAUUCACGAACUAUCCUGCAGCCACUGGCUCAAGUUUCCCUCUGCAGCCAGGCCUGCAUCCACAACUGGGCUGGCAGUAACUCAUUAUGAGUUACAGAGGACAGGCAUAUCGAAAACUGUGAGUGCAGUGUGCAUAAACAGUGACGAACAUUGUGGACUGUCGUGAUCUGCUUGGAAAAAGGUGUGUAAUAAUGCAAUUAUGGGUAAAUUCAAAAACUUACGCGGCAGCUCUACUCUCCAAUAAUUUCCUGUAGAAGACACUCAACAUCUCAAAUAAAGACAGGCUUGUGGUUUAGAGCUCUGCAUUAGUAGAACAGACUUUUUAUUGACUUUUGAGGGCUGGGCUGGACUGUUUGUUAUAUGUAUUUGAAUGGAAUUAAUAAUAUUCUUUAGUAUUAUUUUGUUGGUUUGUAGUAGGGUUUAACUCUGUUUAAGCAUCAUAAUUUUAAAAAUGAAUACUAAAAUGAAUUUUAAAUAUACACCAGUAGAGCAAAUGUGAAUAGUGUGGGUGUCUAAAUUUUACUGUUUUUCCCUGUAUCAUGAAAGUAGUUAACUGACCUUUUCUUCAAAUCUGUCAAAUACUGUACAUGUUAAUACCCUUUGAGAAUGGGUAAAUUAGGUGUUUGUUCUUUGUACUGUAGCUGUUCUGUUUUCCCCCCAUUAUUUUCCUAAGUUACCUUGCAAAUAUUAAAGGAGAUGCUUUGCAACUCCAAAGUGACUUUAGUGUUACAAAUUUUACAGUUGUCCAAUUUUGCUGAUAUUAAGGUCAGAACCAUGAAAUUUGCAUGUAUACAAUGUGUAGAUCUCAGUGUCUACGAUAAUCAAGUUUGUGUUCAUUUAUAUAUUAUAAAAUAUAAUAAAGAAUAUGGUAGGUUUAGUCUAGUAUGUUCUAAUAGCUUCAUGAAAUAAAAGUUCUUUUCUUAGA